ACAACUUUCUCACUACACGCCAGACACACAUUGCAUUCAAGUAACUAACAAUGGCGAAGAAGUCUUCCUAUCUGGACAAUAUGGUUGGGGUGGGUGACAUGGUGCUGUUAGACCCCCUCACUGAUGAAUCUUUACUCUCUAACCUCAAGAAAAGAUUCAAUAACAAUGACAUUUAUACUUACAUUGGGAGUGUGGUUAUUUCAAUCAAUCCCUAUAUGAUGCUACCAAUCUACAACCUGGAGAAGAUCAACGCAUACCGCAGCUGUAACUUGUAUGAGCUGAGUCCUCACAUCUAUGCCAUUGCAGAUGAGGCAUACAGAUCACUCCGAGAUAGGGAUAAGGACCAAUGUGUUCUCAUCACUGGCGAGAGUGGAUCAGGAAAAACAGAGGCCAGUAAACUUGUGAUGUCCUACAUUGCUGCAGUGUGUGGCAAAGGAGAAGAGGUUAAUCAAGUCAAAGAACAGCUUUUGCAGUCAAAUCCUGUCCUGGAAGCAUUCGGCAAUGCCAAGACUGUACGGAAUGACAACUCCUCCAGAUUUGGAAAAUACAUGGAUAUUGAGUUUGAUUUCAAGGGUGAUCCAUUGGGCGGUGUCGUCAGUAACUAUCUUCUAGAGAAAUCUCGUGUUGUCAAACGUCUGAAAGGAGAGAGGAACUUCCAUAUCUUCUACCAGCUGUUGGCUGGAGGUUCCCCUGAUCUUCUCAAGCAUCUGAAGGUGCUGCCGGACUGCAGUCAUUACACCUACCUGAACACAGACACAACAACAUUGAAUGGAGUCAACGAUGCCACCAAUUUCACCACAGUUAAAAAUGCCAUGGAGGUCAUCGGAUUCAGUAACGCUGAGGUGGACUCCAUUAUGGAGACUGUUGCAGUCGUACUUAAACUUGGCAACAUCACGCUGAAGUCAGAAUUUCAGACGACUGGCAUGGAACGGUGCUACAUCGACGAUACUAAAGUACUGAGUGAAAUCUGCAGUUUGAUUGGUCUCAAUCAGUCCAUUCUCAACCAAGCAUUGUGCUCACGCACUGUGGAAGCCAAAGGGGAUAAAGUGAUGACAACAUUAUCUGUUGCUCAGGGUAACUAUGCACGUGAUGCCUUGGCUAAAAAUCUUUAUGACCGCUUGUUUAACUGGCUGGUGAACCGAAUUAAUGAAAGUAUCCAGGUGAAAGGCAAGAUCCAGAAGAAGGUGAUGGGAGUGCUGGAUAUUUAUGGAUUUGAGAUUUUGGAGGACAAUAAUUUUGAGCAGUUUGUGAUAAAUUACUGUAAUGAGAAGCUGCAGCAGAUCUUCAUUGAGUUGACGUUGAAAGAGGAGCAGGAAGAGUACGUACGGGAGGGGAUCGAAUGGACGCAGAUCAAAUACUUUGACAAUGCCAUCAUCUGUGACCUGAUUGAAAACAGUAAGAAAGGCAUCCUGGCAAUGUUGGAUGAAGAAUGUCUCCGGCCAGGUCCCGUCACUGAAUUUACCUUCCUCAAGAAAUUAAACCAGGUCUUUUCCAGCCAUCAGCAUUUCGAGAGCAAGGAGACAAUGAAUUCCAAGUUCAUCACUGACACAACCCUGACAGACAGCUGCUUCCGGGUGCAGCACUAUGCAGGAAAGGUGACAUACAACGUUACGGAGUUCUUAGACAAGAACAAUGACCUCUUGUACCGUGACCUGUCCAAGGCAAUGUGGCAGGCCAAGCACAAGCUCAUCAAAUCCCUUUUCUCUGAAGGGGACCCGAGUAAGACAUUGCUGAAGAGGCCGCCCACCGCUGGCUCCCAGUUCAAGACCUCUGUAGGGAUCCUCAUGAAGAAUCUUCUGGUGAAGAACCCAAACUACAUCAGAUGCAUAAAACCCAAUGACACCAAGUCCCCGAACAAGUUUGUGGACGAGCUGGUGCAGUCGCAGGUCUGGUACCUGGGUCUGAUGGAGAACGUGCGGGUGCGAAGGGCAGGCUAUGCUUAUCGGCACCCCUACAAGCCCUGCUUACAGCGGUACAAGAUGCUUUGCAAACAGACGUGGCCAAAUUGGAAGGGGAAUGACCGCGAUGGUGUGAGAGCCCUUUUGACAGAGUUAAAUAUCCCCCCGGAGGAAUACGCAUUUGGACAGACAAAGAUCUUUAUCAAAAAUCCACGAACACUCUUUGACCUGGAAGAUCGACGGCGGAUUCAGAUGGAAUUGCUGGCUACCUUGAUUCAGAAGACAUAUCGUGGCUGGAAAUGCCGGACCCACUUCCUGUUGAUGAAGAAAAGUCAGAUUGUGAUCUCGGCCCGGUUCAGGGGAUAUAAUCAACAAAAGAAAUACAAAAGAUUGAAGCAAGCCACGAUUGUCCUGCAGGCCUGCACCAGGGGCUGGAAGGUUCGCAAAACCCAGAGAGAUCUCCAGGAGGAGAAGCGACGUGCUGAGGCUGCCUCUGUCAUUGCAGCUUAUUGGCAUGGUUACCAGGUGCGAAAAAGGAAUAGGAAGUACUUCAAAAGUAAUGCUUCAAAGACAAUCCGUAACUUCAUCAUGUCUUCGAUUAUACAAAAAUACUUUCUUGGCCUAAAGAAGACACUACCCUCAAUGUCUCCAACAGAUAAGAAGUGGCCAGCAUUGCCUUAUCACUUCUUGGAAAACACUCACCAGCAACUGAAGAUGAUUUUUUACCUCUGGAAGUGCAAGAAAUACAGGGAGGGAAUCUCAAACCAGAGGAAAGUGGAAUUAGAAGAGAAGCUGUACGCCAGUGAACUCUUCAAGGAUAAGAAAGCCUCGUAUGCCUCCAGUGUGCCUCAGCCCUUCAAAGGACAAUAUUUGGAUGCUCAGAGAAAGGCCAAAUACCAGAAAUUAGCCAAUGGCAUAGAGGGGAAGUUACUUAUGAUGGACACUGCCAUGAAAAUUAACAGAAAGGAUGGAAAGCAUUCUCCAAGGAUCUUAAUGAUGACAAACAACUACUUUGCCCUAGCUGAUGCAAAAUCCACUCAAAUUAAAACCCUGAUCAAAAUGAAUGAGAUCAAGAGCAUCUCCAUGAGUGAAUGUAAAGACGGACUAUUUGCGCUACAUAUAGUGGAGAACUCCUCUGUUGGAGUGAAGGGAGACUUGCUGUUAAACAGUGACCAUCUUGUGGAGCUCACUACCAAACUGCAUCGCUCAAUAUUGGACACAACCCAACAGAGGAUAAACCUCGAGAUACAGGAUGAACUCUCUCUUAAGUUCAACAAAACCACAGUCUCUGUGAAGUUUGUAAAAACAACAGGGAAAAAUGGAAAUAUUCCGGUGUGCAAGAAGAAAAACAGUCACUUACUCGAGGUCCAGGUUCCCUAACAGCGGUGGCUUCAACACCUAUCUCUACUCAGGAUUGUGGAAUCUCUCGGACCUGAGGCCUCAAAGCAGUAGCAGUUUAUUUUUAAAAUGAACAGCAACUUUUGAUUAAUCAUCACUUUACCAGUAGGUUCUGGGCUUGAUGUACAUUGAUUUGUAUGGGAACCAAAGAAGAAAAAUUCAGCAGCGCUAGUGCAAUAUGUGCUCCCAACUUGUAAGCAGGACUAAAGUAGCAGAGCUUUUAACCCUCAAAUGCUUGCCAAUCAUCGUAAAUACUGUAGAUUCUUCCAUGUGGAUCAAUUUAAAUCAUGUCAGCCAAGAAAACAAUCCUCUCCCGUGUACCCGAUCAUGGAA